AACCCCAACGAUUUCAGACGAGCGAAGUUGCAAAGAUCUUCGAUUCGUCUCCACCAAUUUGAAGUUUAUAAUUACAGCUCAAGAAACACAGAUAUAUAACAAACUAUGUAUCAUCCGUCCAGAGGUGGUGUUCGUGGCGGUCGGGAUCAGUUUAGCUGGGAUGAUGUGAAGGCUGAUAAAUAUCGAGAAAACUAUAUUGGUCACAGUCUCAAGGCUCCUGUUGGGAGAUGGCAGAAAGGGAAGGAUCUACACUGGUAUGCUAGAGAUAAAAAAUCUAAAGAGGCAGAUAUGGAGGCUGCUAAAGAAGAGAUACGAAGGAUUAAGGAAGAAGAGGAGCAGGCUAUGAGGGAGGCUCUCGGUUUAGCUCCUAAGCGUUCUGCAAAACCGCAAGGUAAUAGACUUGAUAAACACGAAUUUUCUGAACUUGUGAAACGAGGCUCUACGGCAGAAGACUUGGGAGCAGGACAUGCUGAGGCGGCUCAUGUUCAGGGUCUCGGUUUUGCCAAGGCACCUAAAGCCUGGGAAGAGUCGAGUUCUGCACAACCCACCGUAACGAUGGAAGCGCCAAAAAUUACAAAUGUGCCUGCAUCUCCGUCUACAAGAGACGCCAAGGAAGAUUCAGAAGAUGAAAGUAGGCGGAAGAAAAGGAGGCGAGAAGAGAAGAAACACGAAAAACACGAAAGACGGGAAGAGAGGAAACACGAGCGUAGAGAGAAAAGGCACACUCACGAGUCAGACGACAAAAGGAAACACAAAAAAGACAAGGACAAGCGACGACAUAAUUCCGACUGAAAUUUCAUGUUAUAAUGUACGAUAUAUCGACAGACUAUGUUAUGGGAAAGUUCUAAGACGGGUUUAACUGGAAUGGAUUGUGCAAAUCGUGCGGAUUUGAAUUUGGAUUUAUUCUUCUCGAUAUAUGUUGGAACCUUACUUCUAUCUAUAAGAGCCCUUUUGAAAA